GGGUGUUCUGGAUGCAGUCAGACCAUGUAUCUGUCCUCCUUUAGAAAGAUGAUCACGGAGAGAAACAGAGGGUGCAGUGCUUCAAAAAGACGGCACGGAUGAGAAGUGCAAUGAAGAUUCCAGCAACGCUCGUACGCGGCUUGACAAAACGACAGUGGAUGCAGAAUUGGAGGGCGGUGAAAGAGAUGAAAGCAAAGCACUCCUCUUUCCAUCCUAUUAACGCAACCGUACUCUUGAGAGCAGCACUGUUGAGAGUCGCAAUCGACUUGAGACCAUAAGACUAUCGAAAAGCACUCAGUAGUACACAUGCCCAAUCAUAUGAUGUCGAGAGCAAAAGAAAGCGAGUACGUCUGGAUGACUAAGAGAAAGCCGCCAAGAAAAGACAGUUGUCGUCAUCCGUAUCUUUCGUACAGUUGUUGUACUCCUUAUCGCGUAGAAGACCCAUCAUGCCUACAUGCCGAGCGUCUACAUACGUACAAGUCGGAACGACGAAGGCACAUGCAGUGAGACGAAAAAAAGGAACAUUCUGUAUGAACCAAGAAAUCACGAAAACAACGUAACCCCAUAUCACCAUGCGCACUAUGCGACAGAAGGAGGGAGGUCUCAGAUUGACAGUAACAAAGUACAUAAGCGGCACUACAAGAAGGGGCUACUACGAAGCCUCCUUGCCAGACCUGCCCCCCUCUUGUGGAGAUGCUGAAAGAGCACGAUUUGUCCUGCACUUCGCGUCCGGACGCCUGAAGGACAACAGCAAGUAGCAACCGUCGGGAACGACUGGGCACUAUGUCGGCAGACCACUGCUCUGUGUUCGCUUACCUAUUCUGCGGCAGUAUCAGACCGCUCAAUGCCGGUCACAGCACCAGCAAGUUCACAGGGCACUUCUGCAUUACCCUUGUGAGCCACUGCUCCUUUCGGCAUGUCCUCUUGGGUCCGCAAGAGUUCACGACGCGUAGGGCGGCAGCAGGCACCCGAUGGUAGGCAGUAAGGAGGAGAACAUCCGGAACCAGGGCAAGGGACACACUGUUGCACCGACGGCUGAAGGACGGCUAGAAGAAUGAGGAGAACCAAGACGAGCUUCAUAAUGCUUGCGGGGUGGAUGAAGAGGUGUUCGAAAGAGGUGCUUCGUGACGAAGGAAUUUGUCGAUCCGGUGAGCCGCAAGAAGCCCUCAAGAAGCUGAUCACCAUACACAUGACGACACACCAAUCAGUGCGGAGAAUGUCGCGUUGCGUGUCAGCCUACGCCUGCAUACCCCAGUGUCGUUGGCGAGGCUGAUGAGGGCUUCAUUGCUGAGUGCUUUGAUCGUGUUGGAAUUUUGGCAUGUGUUUUACGAGUCAUAGUGCUUUACCUACUGUUUUGCCACACUUGAGCGUUGACUGACUUUCCUGCCUGUCUUCCUGCCUCUGCCUUCAUGUAAGUGGGUCGCCGAUAAGCCCAGCCAGCCUGCAUGUCAUCGUGGGUCGCCGAUAGCCCAGUUCGCCAAGGCCACGUGCAUUUUCGUGUUCGCCUUCGUGUUUGCAUGCCUGCUUGUGUAUGUUGGACCUCUCUGCCGCUCUUUUAUCAACGCUCGUGGUGGGACUCUGCUCUCCACACAACAACUUCAACAUGGGCGCGGCAAGAACUGGACUACAGCGAUGACCGAGAGUCAGCUUCUCGCCGCUGCUCAACUCCUCUGCGAGGUCACUCUCGAUGACGUCAAGCUCUCUGUGCCCGUCCUCGAUGGAGAUGAGCUCGACUACUACCGCUGGCAGCUUCGUGUGAGCAGCCUGCUCUCAGAAGACUACGCAAACCUCCUGCCCGAGACAGAACCUGCAGCAGACGCCAUCAAGAAACCAUCAGAGGAGGGUCCCACCCUUACUGAGGACGACUGGAAGAAGGUGAAGGCCGUGUGGCGUCUUCUUGUGUCGGUCUGCCAGGGCGAAGCCGCUGCCUACCUCGCCAACGUCCCCGUUAACAAGAGAGGCAACGGAUCGUAUGCGUGGUUCUAUCUGCGCAAGUGCUUCCUCGGUGAUGGAUCCGCUAUUGGUGAUCGACUGCUGGAUGAGCUGCGGAGCUUCAAGUGGUUCAGCUACCA